UCCCGGGCAGCUGCCUGGGAGCCUGGGAGCCUUCCCCUGCCGCUCCUCGCCUCUCCGCCUCGCCUCGGCCCCGCGGCCGAGCCGGCCCCGCGUGUGUGCGCGCGUGGGCGGGGGGGCUGCCGCAUGGAUUUGGCGAGGGCUGGCCGGGAACACAUGGGUUGGGGUGCUGCGGCUGGCCCGCGGUGGCUGUCCGUCCGUCCCGCCGGCCGCGCUCAUGGACGCGAUCAUCCUGCAGGAGCGGCUGGUGGAGCGGCUGCUGUCGCCGCGGCCGCAGGCACCGCGGAGCCACCCGGGCCGGCUGAAGGACCAUGAGAAGCAGUACGUGGGCUUUGCCACUCUGCCCAACCAGGUCCACCGGAAAUCCGUGAAGAAGGGUUUCGACUUCACCCUGAUGGUUGCAGGAGAGUCGGGUCUGGGCAAAUCCACGCUGGUGAAUAGCCUGUUCCUGACAGACCUCUACAAAGACAGAAAGCUCCUCAAUGCAGAGGAGAGAAUCAAUCAAACAGUGGAAAUCGUCAAGCACACGGUGGACAUUGAGGAGAAGGGUGUAAAACUGAAGCUGACCAUAGUGGACACACCAGGCUUUGGAGAUGCUGUUAACAACACUGAGUGCUGGAAGCCCAUCACUGACUACAUUGACCAGCAGUUUGAGCAGUAUUUCCGUGAUGAGAGUGGCCUGAACCGGAAGAACAUCCAGGACAACCGCGUGCACUGCUGCCUCUACUUCAUCUCUCCCUUCGGGCACGGGCUGAGGCCUGUGGAUGUUGAGUUCAUGAAGGCUCUGCACGAGAAGGUCAACAUUGUGCCCCUGAUUGCCAAAGCCGACUGCCUGAUCCCUUCCGAGAUCCGGAAGCUAAAGGAGAGGAUCCGGGAGGAGAUUGACAAAUUUGGCAUUAAAGUGUACCAGUUUCCUGAGUGUGACUCCGAUGAAGAUGAAGAGUUCAAGCAGCAAGACAGAGAGCUGAAGGAGAGCGCUCCCUUCGCCGUCAUCGGCAGCAACACCGUGGUGGAGGCCAAGGGCCAGCGAGUCCGGGGACGGCUCUACCCCUGGGGCAUUGUGGAAGUGGAGAACCAGGCUCACUGCGACUUCGUGAAGCUGCGGAACAUGCUGAUCCGGACACACAUGCACGACCUGAAGGACGUCACCUGCGACGUCCACUACGAGAACUAUCGAGCUCAGUGCAUCCAGCAGAUGACCAGCAAGCUGACCCAGGACAACAGGAUAGAGAGCCCCAUUCCUAUCCUGCCUCUGCCAACACCAGACACUGAGACAGAGAAGCUGAUCAAGAUGAAGGAUGAGGAGUUACGGCGGAUGCAAGAGAUGCUGCAGAAGAUGCAGCAGCAGAUGCAGGAUCAGUGAGAGGCAGGUACCCGGAGGGCAGAGGGAAUCCCCCAGUGACCACAAGACCUGGCAAGAGCUGUGAACGUUUAGAAAAGGUUUCCUGUUGUAUAGAGACUCGUGGGCAAGAGCUGCACCCGCACCCUCUAAUUUAUUAGCAGCAAUGUUGGCUUUUCGGCCAGCUGGAUUGUGGAGGAGGCUGUUCACUUAACAGUUUACUGAAGUGUAUUUCUUUCUUUCUUAAUAUUCUUUUGUUUCUUUUUUUUCUUUCUUUUUUUUUUUUUUAAAGAAACUAGCCUGGUAAGUCUCUAAGGCAUCCUAAAAAAAAGAAAAGAAAAAGAUCCUCCUUUCCCAUGUACUAAUCUCUUGUUUAGGAAUGCUUUGGUAUUUAAAGUCCUGGUUUCUCUGGUGUACAAACUUAAAGACUCUCUGUGUCAAUGCACGUAAAUGUUUACUCCCAAGUGAGGUGCUGUGCCCCUGUCCCUGUUGCCCUUGUCUGGGGCCAGCACUGUAAAGGCAGCUGGACCCUCCUGUGAGUGUGACCUGCUCAGGUGUCUCAGGCUGGGGGCAGCUCUGGCCCAGAGAGCUGGGCUGGGGGUUCCUCUGUGCACUGACCUGCUCGGGAGUACUGAUGGUUGCCUGGUUUCCUGUCUAGGUUUUUAUGGUUUUUUUGUUUAGUUGGUUGGUUUUGUUCUUCCUAUCAAGAAGCUCCAGGAUAUUUGCACUGAGCAGCAAGGGACUGAGUCUCUCAAGGCUGGUUAGAAGAAAAUGCUUCUCUGACUCUCAGUUAUAUCUUUCUGGCAGAGAGGAUAAGUUGUUUAUUCCCUGCAAGGACUUGAUGGGAGUGAGCACCUUCACUGCCAUGGUUUCCUUCCUUGGCAGGCUGGAGGUGUUGGUAGAUGAACCCCAGGGCCCUGCAGUAGCUGGGUGAGGUAUCUCUUGGUUUAGCUCUGGUCAUCCAGCUGCAGUGUGUCUUCAGUGUCUGCUCUGAAAAGCACCGUGGCAGCCAGAGUGCUUGGCCAGGACUGCUUUGGAGUAGAAACUCUAGGGCUGAAACCCAACCCCAAAUGCAGACCUGUGUCCUGUCCCCAGGCUUUGCAGAGCACACUGCUGGCUCUGAGCUUCUCCUGGGGGAAGGGGCAGUUUUUGUAGGCUUGUACUUGAGAUCUGCAGGCUGCCUGUCCAGGCAGGUGUUCCAUCAGUGUGGCAAGAGUAGGAUUGUCACUGCCUGGAGCUCAGCACAGCCCACCAGACUUGGCACUUGCUCCCCUGCCCUUCCCCUGGGACUCAGCCCUUCUCCCCCUCCCUAGUCCAAGGCUCUUCCUGUCUUAAUGCUGGGAAGGCUGGUGGAUCUGCUGGGCAGAGAUAAGAGCACUCUUUGAGCAGCAGCUCCUGUCUUGUUCUUGCUUCCUGCAGUAUUUUUAACUCUAGUCCAGCCAGAGCAGAGCCCUGGAGUGUGAUGUGCCUGACAGGGCAGGGCUCAGCAGCAACACUGCCACGCUCAAAGGAAUCAGGGCUGCUGAGGAGAGACACUUGGCUCUUCUCUCUGACUCCAGGGAGUGCUCCCAUGGGCUGGACCCUUCUGCUCCUUGGCUGAUUCCUCUCUCCCCUUUCCUCUUUUGUAUCUGCUCCUCCAUCUCUGGAUCUCCCCAGUAGAUCUCCCUGGGUAGGAAGCGCAGUGUUGGCCAGGAAUAGCCAGGCCCUAAAUUCUGUUCUUAGGCACUGCAUUUGUCUGAUUCCUCCAUGGGGCUUUAGAGUCCUGGUCAGGGCUUGUCGAGGUGGUGAGUAGGUUGGCUGGUUCCAGUUAUUCACUGUACAGAGCCUCUGCUUAGCCAUGGGCUGUAGGGGCAGGGGACAGACCCUGGCACCCUGUGGAAGGACAGAGUGAGGGUGGAAGCCCUUUGGCAGAACUGUGCAACCUGGGCAAGAGCAGUGUCUAACAAUGUUGGUUUUUUUCAUUCUCCCCUAUUUUGGGCUCAAAAGUAGCAGUGCCAGCCUAGGAGAGCAGAAGGAUUCAGCUUGGCUUCAAUAACAUGCAGGACCAAGGUGCCUAAGGAGGAAACAAACUGUUCUUUGUGCAGUGUGCUUACUUGAGCAGUGGAGUGGCUGGAAACCUUCCUUCCAGCUUUUCUGGAGCUGGUUUGCUUCUAGCCAAAGCUGCAAGUCUGCUCAGUUCUCAGCUUUCUGUGCUAGUGUAACAGGGAACACCUUCAAGUACCUGUCCCCUCUUUUCUUGCACUAGUCUUGUUAGUGAGGAGGAUGUUCUGUUGCAAAUGAGCCCUGUCCAGCUGGAGAUGUUCCUCCUUCAAACAGAUUUAUUCCUAGAAGAUAAAGGAGACUUUUUCCCUUUAGCAAGGACAUAGAGCAGCUGCCAGCUCUUAUGCUGGGCUAUGCACAGAGGUGCUGUGUGCUGGUGAGAGCACAGGUACACAGGUCACAGGCAGGCAGGGUUGCUGAGGGUGGAUCUGCCCCUGUCCCUCUGGGUGAGGAAGUCUCCAUCAGCUCAGUGCAUGUGGCUCCUACAUCAAGUUGAUAGUCACAAGUCUGUCCUCUACAGAGAGCUGAAGUCUUUGGCUACCAGCUGGCAAAGAUGGUUCAAGUUGCAUUUAGGAAAAAGCACACAGGAGUGAGGCACCAGAGAUGGCUUCUGCAGAGGGGCAGCGGUACCACUGACAUCACAUCUCCGUGUAGGAGGCUCCCUACAGAGGGCCAGAGUUUGAGGGCUGCUUGGAAAGGGAUUACAGACUGAUUUUGGGGGACACCAGGGAGGUGCCUGGAAGGUGGCAUCUGUUUAGGAAAGGGGUACUGUGGCAUCAAGUCACCCAGUAAGCAGAGAAGAGACUCCUGAACACGUGUGGCUUGGCUGUUUGGCUCUGGCAGCGAGAAGUGUGGAUAGGAAAGUAAUUUAACACCUCCCCUCACGCAACCCUCCCCAGCCUCAAUGCGAUCCCUGCUCCCCAGGCACACUCCCGUGCCUCUGCCCAGCUCUGUCCUGCUGUGUGGGGGCUGCAGGGGUGGUGUCCCACUCUCAGGGUGCCCCAGGCUGCAGUGGGCUCUGGGUCCCCCUCAGCCCUGUGCCUGCCUGGGAUGGAGCCAGGGCGUGAUGUCCUCGUGUGCCGCUGCUGUGCUGGUCCUGUGCAGUCCCUGCAGCCUCCUGCAUGCUCCUCUCCAGGGAGGGAUCCCCCUCCUCGUGCUCUGCUAUGGCAUUCCCUGCUCCUCCUCACAGACUCCGCUGUGCUGUAACGCUGGCUUGCUCCUGCCACACACCUUCCUCACCCCCUGCUCCAUUCCUAGGCUCUUUGUUUCCUGUCCAUCUCUUGGGUUAUUAUAAUUAUAUUUUUUUGUAAAUUUCUGUUUGAACAUUUUGUCAUUGUGAACAAAGAAAAAUGAAACCUUUUAAAACGUAUCCAUUUUAUUAAAUGAUUAUUGUUAUUAUUAUUAAUGUUUACUACCUGAAUUGAUCAGUGAAAUAAAUACAUUCAAAAAACCAA